UGCUGGGCCUCGCAGGGGCGCCCUCUGGAGCUCGGCCGCGGCCGGCGCCCCGCUUCGUCCCUGCGGCGAACGCCGAGACUGAAGAUGGAAGAACCCCGCAAGACUUUCUCCACUAGCGAUGGCUGUGUGAGCGAUGUAGUCACAGAAAAGUACCUGGUGAGAUCCCAGGAGUCUGCAUCUCACGUGCAGCUUGCGUGCUGUGGGCGGUGCUGUGCGUUCCCUCUUGACGGAAACCAGCUUUGCGUGUGGGAUGUCGAGGGCCCCUCUCACCAGCUUCUAACCCUACAUGGACACUGUCAGUCAGUCACUGCCCUGGCUUUUGGGAACAGAGUGAAUCCCCUUCUGCUCUGCUCUGGAGCCCUGGACUGUGUUAUGGUGUGGAACCUGGACGCGUGCAGAAAGAAGCUGCUCCAAGGACUGACUCCUCGAGCAACUGUCUUGGGCACCCUUUUGGGAAAGGUACUGUGCUUAAGGUUUGGCCCGGAUGAUCACGCUGUGGCAGUGGGUGCUGGAAACAGAAUACUGGUGCGAGAUACUGAGGAUCAGUCCGUCCUGGGAGAACUGGAGGGCCACGUGGGCCCAGUGACUGCCGUUGAGUUCUGUCCUUGGCAAGCAGAUGUGGUCAUCUCGGUGUCUGAAGACAGAAGCUUUAAGGUCUGGGACCUUUCCCGGGAGUCAUUACUGUACAGUUCGUCUGUGCUCACAGCGUGUCCUCUGCUGAGUUUAUACCUUGAGGCAGGCAGCAAGCAGCUUGUCACUGGGUCUGCCGAUGGCCAGCUGUGGAUAUUCAGUUUGGCAGAAAGACAUCGAUACCGCCUUGUGGCCCACAUGGACCUGAGGAAGAGGAGAGAGGCCUUCUUCACUCGAAGGCUGAAGUCCCGGCUGUGCACGCUGCCAGGUGAGAGGCAGCUUCGCUCCACAAAUGAACCGGAAAGAGAAGAGGUUGAAGCGACACUUCCCAUCCUGAGCUUUGGACACUGUGACCUUUCACCCGUUCUGAAUUCUGAGUGUGGUUUGGCCAGCUGCGCCUCCCAGAACUCCAGACACUUGUGGAUUGGGAGCACUGCCGGCUUGUUCAUGCUGAACCUGGCAAACUUUGACCUGGAAGCUGUUUUACAGUACAAGGAUUUCCGGAGCCUUAGCAUUCGAGUUGCUGGGUCAUGUGCAGUGAUGAGUGGAGCCCAUGAGCAUAAGGCAGUGUGCCUGCUCACCUCCUUGUUUGGAAACGAGAUUGCUGUGCUGGACAUCGACGUGGUGGCCCUGCUGAGGUCUCAGGGCAGCCUGGCCGCGGGGCGGAGCCUCUCUGUGCUGGCCAGCUCCUGUGUCUCACCGACAUCGCCACUCUAUUGUGGAACUGUUAAGGGGAAAAGAACGAAGCCUGUCAGUCAGACACAACCCGCUGUGCGGAGUGUCAUCAAGGACCAACCCCUGGUUUUCCACAGUAAAGUCCGGUCAUCAGGUUACACGGCAGCACCGUGUGUGAAUAUGUUUGCACCAAAGACCAACAACAGGAAAGACGGGAAAAGACCUUCAAAGUGCAGGAACAGUUACAGAUGCAAGGACUACCCUUGGGAAAAUUCUAUACCGACCAAACCUGGCCAGCAGGUAACUGUGGCCCACAAGCCGGCUGCUGUAUGCUGCAUUCAGUAUUCAGGAGAUGGGCGUGGGUUGGCCUGUGGCUUAGCCAACCACCUGUCCCUGGUCUUUGAUGCCAGCCUCACUGGAACACCCACUGUUUUUCCAGGUCACGAUGCAGCCGUGAGCACCAUCUGCUGGAGCCAUGACCAGAAGUGGCUGCUGUCUGUGGCCCAGGAUGGGGCCCUGCGGGUGUGGUCCCGCCGCAGGGCGGAGCUCCUGUUACUGCUGGGAAAAGAUGUGUUUCCCAGGCCUGUGCACUCUGCGCAGUUCUACUUCGUGGACGCCUUCUUGUUGCUGUCUUCUGGCCCUGAUGUGCGGCUACUGCAGUAUCACCUGGACACCUGCAGGGAUGAGCUGAAACGAUACAAACCCAGGAGCUCGUUCAAGCCGGUGCACAGGCUCUCUGUGGCCAGCGGCGCGGACCUGACCAGUCUGUCAGCAGUGAACGGCUUCCACUCCCACAUUGUCCUCGCGGCUGCCCGGGACAGGAGCCUGGAAGUCUUCGACCUCAACGCGGGCUGCAGUGCUGCCGUCAUAGCUGAAGCCCAUUCGCGGCCUGUCCAUCAGAUUUGUCAAAAUCAGGGGUCGCCGUUUGCUGCCCAGCAGUCCCCGGCGUAUGAUCUCUUCCUGACCACAGCCACUGGCGAUGGCGUUCGGCUGUGGGACCUGCGGACCCUGAGGUGUGAGCGCCGCUUUGAAGGGCACCCCAGCCGCUGCUAUCCCUGUGGCGUUGCUUUCAGCCCUUGUGGGCGAUUCGUGGCCUGUGGCGCCGAGGACCGCCACGCCUACGUGUAUGAGAUGGGCUCCAGCACCUUUUCUCAUCGCCUCCCAGGGCACACGGACACAGUCACCAGAGUGGCCUUCAGCCCGUCAGCUGCCCAGCUUGUCACGGCCAUCUUGGAUGGCAAGCUCCAGCUGUUCCACGCUGAGUAACCACUGGCUGUGAGCUGACCAGGAGCGC